AUGCAACUGGAGCACGAAAUUGCACUUUUGAGUCAGUUUGAACAUGAGAAUAUAGUUCGAUACAUUGGCACUGAAAUGGAUGAAUCAAAUCUAUAUAUCUUUAUCGAAUUUGUAACCAAAGGUUCCCUUUUAAGCCUCUACCGGAGGUAUAAACUUCGAGAUUCCCAAGUAUCUGCUUAUACGAGACAAAUUCUGAACGGUUUAAAGUAUCUUCAUGAUCGCAAUAUUGUUCACAGGGAUAUUAAAUGUGCAAAUAUAUUGGUUGAUGCAAAUGGAUCUGUCAAGGUUGCGGAUUUUGGAUUGGCAAAGGCAAUUAAAUUGAAUGAUGUUAAAUCAUGUCAGGGAACAGCAUUCUGGAUGGCACCAGAGGUUGUAAAAGGAAAAGUGAAAGGUUAUGGACUUCCUGCUGAUAUAUGGAGUCUAGGAUGCACUGUGCUGGAGAUGUUAACUGGGCAUAUUCCCUACCAUCCUAUGGAAUGUAUCAGCGCAAUGUUUAGAAUUGGAAAAGGUGAACUACCUCCAGUACCUGAUUCUCUCUCAAGAGAUGCACGUGAUUUCAUCCUGCAGUGUCUUAAAGUUAAUCCAGAUGAUCGUCCCACUGCGGCACAACUCCUAGACCACAAAUUUGUCCAGAGGUCAUUCUCCCAAUCCUCUGGCUCUGCAUCUCCAUAUACUAUGAGAAGAGGUUAA